AUGAUAGAGAUUGUGAUUUUAUUCUUUACAGUCAUAGCUGUUAUCCAAGGCUCUUACAGUUGUGCACAAACAAAUGGAAUAUUUAAAAAUGAUGAUGACUUUCGAUCUUAUUAUGUGUGUACAAAUUAUUGUGAUCGUAUUGAAUAUUGUACAGAGACGACGGAAUAUUAUUCAAGUCUUGAAAGAACAUGUAAAACCGAUGGAUUUCUUUGGAUACCUGCAUAUAGUCUAACUGGAGUUCAAGAAGUAACUCCAACUGUUCAAUAUAGACAUUUUCAACAAUCGAAUUAUGAUCUAUAUUGGUCUAGUGAAACAAAAAAUCAUCAAUUCACUUUUACUGGUCGAUAUAUUAAUGAAACACAAGUAGUCGGAACUGAAAUAAUUUUAUCAUUAAAGAAUAAAUGUAUUCUUGUCAGAGAUGUUCAACUGACAGUAAAAGGUACAAAAUCAUUUUGUACAACAAAUAUUGAAAAUCGUUAUUCAAUGAAAUGUGAAUUACCUCCUAAUUAUGCUUUUUCUGGUUGUAUAAACUAUUAA